UGGGAGCGGCUGUAGCGGCGUACGCAGUUUCCAUGGGGACUGAAGAUGGCGCCGCGAGGUGAGAUUCCGGAGGUAAACGACUGUCCUCCACCCCGCUGGAAAUCCUGUUCUUUCUGAACGGGUGGUAUUAUGCCACCUACUUCCUGCUGGAACUCUUCAUAUUUCUGUAUAAAGCUCCUCUUCGCUGCAAGGUAGAAGGCUCUUCAUCAUAUGGCUUCUUUGAGAAUGAUUCAGUAGGAAGCCCCGCAGCAAGAAUCUCCUGAGUUUGAGAAAUGUGGGCUUCUCCAUCCUUACUCUCCCUCAUCGCCUCUUUGCAGAACUGCAUGUUAAGCUCAUUGGUGACCCUCAGGAUCUAUUCAGCGGCCAGUGUACCCUUGUAGAUCCGAUCAUUUUGGAGAAUGGGGUCCUCACAGACUUUGGCUUAGGAGUAAAAUCUCCUAAUAAUGCGCGUGCCUCCAACAGUCGCACUAUGAGUUAACAUAUCCUGCAGCAGCUCUCCUCCUACCAUACCCAACAGCCAAUCUAGUCCUGGAUGUGGUGAUGCUCCUCCUUUACCUUGGAAUUGAAGUGAUCCGACUGUUUUUUGGUACCAAGGGAAACCUCUGCCAACGAAAGAUGCCACUUGGUAUUAGUGUGGCCUUGACCUUCCCAUCUGCCAUGAUGGCCUCCUAUUACCUGCUGCUACAGACCUACGUGCUCCGCCUGGAAGCCAUUAUGAACAGCAUCUUGCUUUUCUUCUGUGGUUCCGAGCUGCUGCUUGAGGUGCUCACCCUGACUGCUUUCUCCAGUAUGGACAGGAUUUGAAGUGCAAAAAUUUCAGCCAGCAGUCCUCAGGGGCUGAGACCACAGAUACUUCUGGUCUUUAGGCACACCAGUGAGAAGUGGUGGGUCACGUUGUCCCGGGAAAGUUGCAGCUUUUCCUCAACACAGAUAUCUGGGCAACAAACUGAGCAUCAGGCCACUGGGCAUCAUCUUCUAAACCAGGACCAUCAGCCUGAGAGACUGUUCUACACUCCAGUGUAGGGAGGGGCAAGGCUGUCCCAAGCUGGCCCUUCUCAGAACCAGUUCCCUGCUGCCCUCAAGUCCUCUGUGAUCCUCGUGGCCAGAGCCUCUUGUGUGGACCACGGAGGCUCGUUGGGCUUCCAGCAGGACUGGAGCCCCGCGCUCCCCGUACGUGCCGUGCCACCCCUGUCACGCGAGCACAGAGAGCCUCAGGAUGUCUGCCCCUAGAGUGACGCAAAAGCCUCUCACCUCAUUCCUCAGAGACUGAGCUCCGGAACUUUUUUAGUAGCUCAUAGUGUUAUUUUUCUACUCUCAUCAUGAAACAAACAUUAUUUUAUAAUAAACGUGUAUUUUCCGUCA